AUAGAGGUAUUUUGUUUCAAACCGUGGCGCUGCUGUCAUCGCUGCCGCCGUCGCUGCAGUUGAAUGAUCUCGCUGUUCUGGGGCCUGUGGCAAUACCUCUUCUCGAAGGCAGAGGUCCAUCUCUUGAUUAUCGGCUUGGACUAUGCCGGCAAGACAACACUUCUCGAACAGCUCAAGACCAUGUUCGGCAAGAAGGCUGGUAUUCCACUCGACAAAAUACCACCCACCGUCGGCCUCAACAUCGCCAAGGUCGAUAUCUCACGAACGAACGUCAUCUUCUGGGACUUGGGGGGACAGGAACGACUACGCGCGAUAUGGAGCAAGUACUACAACGAAAGCCAUGGCGUCGUCUUUGUCGUGGACUCGUCGGAUACCGCCCGAUUUGACGAAGCCAAGGCCGCCCUCGCAUCUAUGCUUGCGCACCCAGAACUGUCGGACGUACCAGUGCUCGUACUUGCGAACAAGAGCGACUUGGAUGCAUCCAUGGGGACUGCCGAACUCACAGCACGGUUGGAACUGAACCGUCUUGCGGAAGCGCAUCCAUGGACCCUUCGGCCCAUCUCAGCCCUCACCACAGACGGCAUUGCCGACGCCGUCACGUGGUUCGUCUCGGCAGUCAAGCAAACGGGCCGCUUUCAUACCAAGCAGAGUUCCCUUUCGACUCAUGUAUCAUAAUGCAUAGUGCCAUCCGUUUUCUCUAACUCGUCUC